AUGUUUGUCACAAAUGUUAUCCUAGUUACCCUUCUUGUGCCUGGCCUAUUUGCCGUAUCCAAUGCCAUCUGGAUGGAGUGGAAACAAAAGUACAAUCGACAGUAUGCGUCCGGAGAACAGGAAGCAACUCGCAGAACUAUAUGGGAGAAGACUGCUCAGCGCAUUCAGGAUCACAAUUUACGUUACGAUCUCGGACUGGAGAAGUAUCAGAAGGGGCUGAACAACUUUUCCGAUAUGAAUUUUGAUGAGAUUUGA